UGGUAAAGAAGUUUCCAGACGUUGCAGUCGGUUGGGGGUGUUUAGUUCUUCAUUGAAACGACGUUGCAUUCACCUUCAAAGAGAGCUUUGAGUGAAUCUGUCGUGCAAUAUCAGAACAUGCUGUGAACUUUUCAGUUAAGUUCUUUACUCGUGGUUGGAAGCGAUGCCUGUCGUCGCUACUCUGGAUGAUUUCUGUGCACCCUACAAAUUUUGGAGCCCACCUGCUGUGUCUGGAACAGUCGACUUUACACCAUGCUUCGAGGAUACAGCCAUCGUAUGGGGCGUCUGUGCCUUUCUCUGGGUGUUCGGCGCCCUCCGAUUCGUGGUAACGAAUGUUACAGGGAGUGGAUCGUUUAUUGUGGUGUCCAAGUUGCAUAAAGUCAAGCUGAUCUCUGCACUGCUUGUCAUAGCUAGCAGUGCUGUACAAAUAGGUCACACCAUCUAUCGCUAUGAGAGCAAUGAGCAGGUCUUCAAGUUUUUCUACAUCUCGGGCCCGUUGGUGUGCAUCACCGUGGUUUUCGUCAUGGUUCUCACUGAGUGGGAUCGGCGGCGUGGUGUUCGGUCCUCCGGCCUCAUGCUCUUCUUCUGGUUCUUCAUGACGAUCUAUGGCAUCAUCAGUGUACGAACAUGGUCACUGAUGUAUGUCGACCAUGACAAGCUCCAGCCGGACCUGCCUAAAGUGGAUGCAUGGGAGUUGCACUUUGGUGCUCGCUGUGCAAUGCUCUUGUUCACGACAGUGGCCCUUGCAGCGGCUGCCAUACCCGACAGUCGACCACUGUACUCCGUCGACUCGGACGUGAACCCGUGCCCUGAAGUUCAGGCAUCCUUCCUUUCCCAGAUUUCCUUCUGGUGGCUGAACGACCUGAUUCGUCUCGGCUACAAGCGCGCGCUACAGACCGCCGAUCUGUGGGCGCUCAAUCCACAGGACCGAUCCUCUUUCCUUGGUCCCAAGUUUGAGCACUACUGGGAGCAGCAAUGCAAAGGACCUGAUGGCGCUGAUAGUGGUGUUGCCGGCAAAAGUCGCUCUACGAAGGGCAGAGUCAACGAGACAUCCCCGUUGCUGUUGGGAAGUCACGCCAGCGGUGGUGGGACGUUCAGCAGCCCGGACGCAUCUGAAUCUGAAUCUGCCGCCCUGCUGCCGAAGAAUGAACCUAAGGUCGAGCUUGCCUCUGGUCAUGACCCCUCUUUGGUUGUGGCUCUUGCAAAGUCGUUUGGUGGACCAUUCAUUCGUGGAGCUAUGUACAAACUUGUGCAGGAUCUUUUGGCAUUUGUCAGUCCACUUGUGUUAAAGCUCCUGAUUGGUUUUAUUGAGAAUCGUGACGAACCGGCUUGGAAGGGCUACUUCUAUGCUGGCCUGAUGGUGGCUACUGCUCUGAUACAGAGUGUGUUCCUGCACCAGUAUUUCCACGUCUGUUUCACCGUCGGCAUGCGCCUCCGAUCAGCUGUCAUCAAUGCUGUCUACAAAAAGUCACUGCGACUGGCAAACUCUGCUCGCAAACAGUCGACCCAAGGAGAGAUUGUCAACUUGAUGUCGGUGGACGCACAGCGUUUCAUGGACAUCUGCACCUACCUGAACAUGUUGUGGUCCGCACCGCUUCAAAUCAUUCUGUCCAUGUACUUCCUGUGGGAUACCAUGGGUCCAUCAGUGUUAGCUGGCUUAGGUGUAAUGAUCUUGCUCAUUCCCAUCAACAUGACCAUCGCUAUCAAGACACGCAAACUGCAGGUCCGUCAAAUGAAGGCCAAGGACUCCCGCAUCAAGAUGAUGAACGAAGUCUUGAACGGCAUCAAGGUUAUCAAGCUGUAUGCCUGGGAGAGGAGUUUCCUGGAUCUGGUCAGCGAUAUUCGCAACGGAGAGCUCAAGGUCCUCAAGUCUACUGCUUACCUGAAUUCUGUGUCGUCCUUCACGUGGAUGAUGGCCCCGUUCUUGGUUGCUCUGGCUACGUUUGCAUCCUACAUUUUGGCAGGCAACAAUUUGGACCCGACCAAGGCCUUCGUUGCACUAGCCCUGUUCAACAUUCUAAGGUUUCCGCUGAACAUGUUGCCAUUCCUCAUCUCCAACUUAGUUGAGGCUAGUGUUUCGACUAAACGUCUCAAGAAGUUCUUGAAGCUGGAGGAGUUGGACACGAAAGCUGUGGAGCGCUCGGAACAACUUCCACCGCCUCGCCAAGACUGCAUCUCCAUGCGCGGCGCCAGCUUCCAAUGGAGUGCUGAGGACCCCGUGGUAUUGCGCAACAUCAACUUGUCGCUGAAAUCACCGUCGCUGAUUGCUGUGGUCGGUCAGGUUGGUGCUGGCAAGUCCUCGCUGAUCUCUGCUCUGCUCGGUGAAAUGGAGAAGGUCUCCGGCAGCGUCAGUGUGAAGGGCCGCGUAUCGUAUGUUCCCCAGCAGGCUUGGAUACAGAAUGCUACUGUACGUCAGAACAUAACUUUCGGUCAGCGCUACAACCCAUCAUACUACAAUAAGGUCAUCAAUGCAUGUGCUCUUGGCCCCGAUUUGGAAAUCUUACAAGGUGGUGAUAUGGCAGAAAUUGGAGAGAAGGGCAUUAACCUGAGCGGAGGGCAAAAGCAGCGUGUCAGCCUGGCCCGUGCUGUCUAUUCGGAUGCGGAUAUAACACUUCUAGAUGAUCCACUCAGCGCGGUCGACUCCCACGUUGGCAAGCACAUCUUCGAGAAUGUCAUCGGUCCCAAUGGUCUCCUGAAGGACAAGACUCGUGUCCUGGUCACCCAUCAGGUAGCCAUUCUGUCUCAAGUCGAUAGCAUUGUUGUACUACAAGGUGGAAAUGUGUCUGAGUCCGGCUCAUACAGUGAAUUGAUGCGGAAUAACGGUGCCUUCGCCGAGUUUCUGCGUACCUAUGCCAAUGCGGAGGAGGCAUCAGAAUCUGAUGAAGAAGCUGUUGAUGCUGGGCUCCCUAUCCGUUCUGUCAUGGAGGAGGAAGUGGAAGCAACCGACGACGCCACAGCUUUGGCAUACAUGUCUCCCAGCGAGGACGCUGCUGGUAUUGCCAGCCGUAGCGCUCGCAAGUCCGAGCUAGAGCGCCAGCGCUCGGAAGUGCUGAGUGGCGACGAGACAUUCAGCCCAGUCGGAUCUCCACCAAGCAUCAUCGGGAGUCCCCAGAAGUCAGUGGGCUCGCCAGAGAAGCAAGCCGCGCGUUCAGCCAGUCGCUCGCGUAGCAGAGGGCGCCUGGAGCAUCAAAAAAGCAGCAUGCGUACCACGCAGGACCGCGACAAAGACAAGAAGAACAAGGAACAGGCGUCACUAAUUGACGUGGAGAAGUCGGAAACAGGCAGUGUGCAAGGAAAGGUGUUCAUCUCGUACGCACGCUCCACCGGUUACGCCACGGCGGUGUUCAUUCUCGUAUUGUACAUGAUGAACAACGGUUUUUCCAUCGGUACCAACAUCUGGCUGGCCGAGUGGAGUGCCCAGAACACCACGGAGGUCUUUGACAACGCCACCAACAAGUCGAAAACCGAUGUGAACAACAGUCUCUACUUGGGUGUGUACGGUGGACUUGGCCUUGCCCAAGGAUUGUCAGUUCUUGCGGGCUCUUUGGCCAUGGCAUUCGGUACAAUCCAUGCUGGAAAGGUCUUGCACAAGGAAAUACUCAGCAACAUUCUGCGCUCCCCGAUGAGUUUCUUUGACACUACUCCACUGGGCCGCAUUGUCAACCGCUUCAGCAAGGACAUCUACACCAUUGACGAGGUUAUCCCCCGAUCCCUGCGAUCGUUUCUGAUGACCUUCUUCAACGUUAUCUCCAUCAUGAUCGUGAUUUCAAUCAGCACCCCGAUUUUCCUCGCUGUCAUCCUUCCACUGGGUGUUAUCUACUUCUUUGCACAGCGCUACUAUGUUGCCACGUCUCGGCAGCUGAAACGCCUGGAGUCCGUCUCACGGUCUCCCAUCUUCUCUCACUUCUCCGAGACGCUGUCGGGAGUGAGCAGCAUCCGAGCCUACUCCUGUCAGUCGAGAUUUAUCGGUGAAAGCGAAGACAAGGUGGACUUCAACCAGCAGGCCUACUAUCCCAGCAUCAGCUCUAAUCGGUGGUUGGCACUGCGUCUUGAGUUUGUUGGAAACUCAAUAGUGUUCUUUGCAGCCCUGUUUGCUGUUCUGGAGAGGGAGUACUCGUUCUUGAACCGUGACGCAACUUCAGCUGCUAGUUUGGCUGGUCUGUCUGUCUCCUAUGCGUUGACUAUCACACAAACGCUGAAUUGGAUGGUGCGCAUGACCAGCGAACUGGAGACUAACAUCGUGUCCGUGGAGCGCGUGAACGAAUACAGCCAAACGCCCACCGAGGCGGCGCUCAUCAAGCCCGACUACCGGCCCGCAGGUGACUGGCCACAGCAGGGAUGCGUCAGCUUCAACAACUAUAGCACGCGCUACCGUCCGGGCCUAGACCUAGUUAUCCGUGGCAUCUCGUGUAACGUGUUGGGUGGAGAGAAGGUUGGAAUCGUAGGCCGAACUGGCGCAGGCAAGUCAUCACUGACCCUGGCACUAUUCCGCAUUAUUGAGUCAGCAGAGGGCAACAUCGUCAUUGACGGUAUGGACAUUGGCAGGAUGGGGCUGGAGGAUCUCCGCUCUAAACUCACCAUCAUUCCUCAGGAUCCUGUGCUCUUCUCUGGCAAGCUGCGUUUCAACUUGGACCCAUUUGAGCAGCACACAGAUGCUGAUUUGUGGCAUGCUCUCGAGCACGCUCAUCUUCGAUCGUUCGUUGAUGGCGUUGAUGACAAGCUGGACUUCACUGUGUCAGAAGGUGGUGAAAAUCUCAGCGUCGGUCAACGCCAGUUGGUGUGUCUGGCACGUGCACUGCUCCGCAAGACGAAGAUCCUUGUAUUGGACGAGGCCACGGCGGCAGUAGACUUGGAAACGGAUGAUUUGAUCCAGCGAACAAUCCGCACGGAGUUCCAUGACUGCACGGUCUUGACCAUAGCACAUCGCCUCAACACCAUCAUGGAUUAUGACAAGGUGAUGGUGCUUGACCAAGGAAAAAUCAUCGAGUAUGACGGCCCGGACACGCUUCUUGCGUCCCGAAGCCAUUUCUUCGCCAUGGCACGAGAUGCUGGUCUUGUGAGCUAAAGCAAUAAAAGAUACUCAGCCCGGUCAAUACAAGUGCCUAUCAUGUGCGUGGCGCGGAGGAGCAGCACGCGUACCCUGUGCUGCCUGGUUUUGCCGUUCCUGGACGCAGUACGAUGGCUUUUGUUUAUAGCAUUAUGGGGGUGUUGUUUUGUGAAUAGCUUACUCCUACUUCGAAGUACAUCCGGUGACCUCUGCCUCUGUGCGCCAGUGUGUUUAGCAAAUCUGGUGGACUGAUAUUGUGCCAUGCUUCAAGGUUGUCUACAUCACCGCUAUGACACAUACUGUCACCACCUCCUUAGUCUGAAUUCACUCUUCUCCUCUGGUGGGUGCUAUAAGCAAUGCUGCGGUGACACACUCGCCCACUGCCAGGUCCACCAGCCAUACUGCUCCAGCUCUCUUCUGUUCUGCUUCCUCUGGACAUCCUUGAAGCGUUUUAGAACUCUGUCUGUUUAUGUGCAUAUGUUUGUGUACCUCUUAUAUUUGCUUUCCUGGAUAUCAGUUGAUCUGCAUACCAUAUAGUCAGUUCUUGUUGCAAGCCUAGCUAUUUGUUCCACACAUUUUUAGCAACUGUUUAGUGCUUCGCCCCUUGUUCCAGUAGUUGUGCACCCUUAGCUUUUGUAAACACACUUUUCAAGUUGGCCCGUGUUGCAAUUGUUGCAAAACUGCGCUUUUGUGAACCCAUUGAUUUUUUCAAUUUUUUAGAAAAUAAAUUAUUAAUUGGACUGUUCAACAUGACUGUCAAUAAAGUGUGAACCAUGGUUUUAUUUUAUUUUUAGAUUGAAUUCUCUUCCACCAAGGUUUUCCAUCUAUGUACCAUCUACCUCUCCUUUCCUCCUCGGUCCACAAGAGGACAUUGCCUGUAUGGCCAUCUCCACUUUAUCUGUAUUUGUAAAGGAUAUUUGAUGCGGCCAAGGCAGCCUAGUAUGACACAAGCCACAGCCGGCCAAUAUUCUAUUAUAAUUACGUGCAGCACCAGAGAUAUUUCAUCUCUUUUUUUCUCCUUCAUCUGAGCUGAAAACCAAUAUCUUGGCAACCCAA